AUGAGUAAUUUGUGGGACUAUUUGGCUCUAAUGGAAUCGACUGAAUUAAAAGUUGUCAAAGCAUACACUGAUCAAAGAGAAGAGCAACAUUUGGCAGAAGAAAUUAGACUCAAGUCUCACACCAAUUUGAUUCCAGAUAAAGGAGUUUUAUCCACUCCUCAAUUUUUUUUUGCUUCUCCAUUUCACAAAGGAAAAUUUCAAGGUAGGGUUUAUCUUGGUAUUCAUGAUUGUGCAUUUUGUAAGAAGAAAGGUCAUCGGAAAGCACAAUGUCCCAAAGUUUUAAAAGUAAGUUUGUCUCCCUUUGAAAAAUUGUAUAACUUUAUCCCAAAUUAUUCCUCUUUGAAAGUGUUUGGUUCUACUUGUUUUGUUCUUCACCCACAAGUAGAAUGUAGUAAGUUGUCUUCUUGUUCUGCUAUAUGUGUUUUUAUUGGUUAUGGGGAUGGUAAAAAGGGUUAUCAUUGUUAUGACCCUGGUGCAAAGAAAUUGUAUGUUUCUCGUCAUGUUAUUUUCCUUGAACACAUUCCUUUUUACUCUCUUUCUUCUGAUUCUUAUAUUACUAGCAGUUCAAAACUUACCCACAUCGAUCCUUUUGGUUAUAAUGAUAAUGUUUCUAUUGAUUAUAAUUAUGAGAAUUACAAGACUGAUACUACUUCUACUCUAGAUACUAACAUCCCUCUUGUCCCCAUGGCUACCCAGGAAACUCCCGCGACUGUUGAUCCUCCGCCUCCCUGUUAUCCUUCUCGUGAGUGUAAGUCUACUCAAUUGCCUGAUUUUUCCUAUUCUACUUACUCUGCUUCUUCUACUUUUUUCUAA